CGGAGAUUGGGAUCCGAUGGAUGAAGCACUACAUGGCCAGCAACAUACAACUCACAAAUAUAUAAACUCGAUGUUCUCGCUCCUGGAACGGCCGAAAGAACCAAUCCCACAGAUUUACUACAGCAAGACCAAAUAUGUCCGAUCAGAACAAGCCGGAAUCGUUUACGGAGAACGAUGCGUUCAACUCUGGAAAGCAUUGCGCAAAGACAGACUGCCGCACGCUCGACUUCCUACCCCUCGUCUGCCCCCACUGUCAUCUCGCCUUCUGUAGUUCGCAUGCACACGUCUUUUACCAUGACUGUUCACUCCCUCCAUUCUUGCGCGCGGAACGACGAGAAGAAGCAAGCACCUCGACUGGCGAUCCCGUUCGUCAGCUCGUCAACGACCACACGCCUCCGCCAGCUACCGUCAUCAAUGAAGACCGAAACGCGAAGGCUAAACAAAUCCUAGCCGCUCGCUUUCCUGUUGCAUCUAAGAGGGAGCGUCAGCCUACCCGCCCUGCCAAGGAGCUUAGUCCAGCAUUGAAACUGAUCAUGUUGAAACGGCAAGCCGUCAGUGGUGAUCCUCAGAAGAAGGAUAGUGCUGUUCCACCUAGUUCUCGAUGGUAUGGUCGUCUGGGUUGUGUUGUCCCCACUGGUGACCUGCAGAACCUGAAAUGGGACGAACAGCGCGCGUUGGCCACAGAGCCCAGGGCGAUAUGGUUUGACAAAAACACGGUUGUCGGAAAGAUAUUCGACAUGAUCAUAACCAUGUUCAAGCCUGAGCUCCUGUCGCAUUCUCACAGCGAUUCUACAUCAGACUUGCAAUUGUUCACGAUCCGUCCAGGGAACCAACUACAUCUUAUUACCAAUCAAUGUUCAGCAAUCUGGGCCGACGUCGUUGAAGAUGGCGAAGAAGUGUGGUUGACUCCUCGGCACAUCAACCUAUCUUGAAGGAAACCCAUUUCUAUCCCUGGAUCCAUAUCUUUAGAUUUCUUUUUUUGCCACCAGGUUUCCCUAACUUUUGUGAUACGGUAUCUCGGUCUUCAGUCCUCUCAAUCUCCUUUCCGGUCCCUAACUCAGUGUGCUACAUCACUACUCGAGGCGAUGAUGUAUUAAUAGACACAUUUGUAUGUACUCCGGAGUAAACCAUUGUUGCUAACAUCACACAAGUUGUAUCAACUUCAUGCUAUACCUAAUUGUACACAAUAGUGAACAAUCAUCAUUUUCUGGAAUUUACUGCUGAACAACACGAUUUCAAUCAAAUUCUUCAUGAAUAAAUCACUUUUAAUCAUGCCAAAAAAGUAGAAUAAUGUUCAUCGUACA